GAUGAGCUCAAAAGAGCAAAGAAAAAACCUCUGGGCAACUUUUUUUUAAAUAGUUGAAUGCUGGGAUAUAAUAAACACAGUGUUCAUUGUGUAGUCUGGUGUAAAAUGAGUUUACUAUGUUGUUUCUUGUGAGAGUGCUGGAGAAAACGACUUGUUGUUGCCACUUAAUUCCAUAACUGCUACAGUUUCAGACUCUCAGUCCAACGUCUGAAGCAUCUGAGUAAGCACUUGCUGCCUGGGCGUCUCAUUAUUGCCUAUCAACCAGAAGAAGAGUUAGGACACCAAAUAAUUUGCACGUACACUUUUUCACUGGUUAGGCACGUCGUACUUGCCAGAUUAAAUGUCGUUCAAUUCGCCAUGGAUCGGACGAUCACCCUGGAAGGUAGUCGAUAUGCGCCAACAAGUUUUCGUUGUGUUUGUCAUCCAUUGCAUUCUCGUCGUGUCGUUCACUUCGGCAGGUAGUACCUAUCACAGAACUAAAACUGAAAAUUUUUAAUGGGCGAUCAAAUCUCGUAUUCUAUUAGGAAAAACACCUUUUUUGAGAAACAAGUCGAUUGAGACGGAAAGUCAAUCGUCCAUAACCGAAUUCGAUCCAGAGUACACUGAGAUGAAUGACGAUCUACCACAAACUAUUCUGCGAUUGUCACAAAAUCUCAUCCAUCCAGCAACAUCUGAUUUUCUUCCAAGUACCAAAAACUACUUCAACUAGCGCAGCACCAACUAAACAACCAGCUGUUUUUAACGAUAACAAUCCUGAAAACGAAUCUUGGCUCAUCUCGCAAUCCCCCGAAUCCAGCCAUCCAUCACAUUCGUCGGAUUCAGUCACCUAUUUCCCUUCGUCAACAGAAAAAACAAGUCAGCGGCCAUCAUCGACGACCGUUCGACCACCCACAACUUAUUUCAACGACUAUCAAGACAUUCCAUGGGUUAUUCUGAAAUCUCCUGAGCAAACAGAAAACCAUUAUUCGUCAUCAUCAUUUGAAAUUUACCCACAUAAUAACCAAGCCGUUAAUGUGAAACAAGUCCCAGAAAUGACGACUACAAAUCCGUGGCUGGCUCUAAAAUCUGCUUAUCUUCGUAAAAAUUCUACUGCUUCAUCAUUAAAGUUAACAGCUCCCUACAAUCAACAUUACUAUUCAAAUAACCCAAACCGCAAUACCAUAAACAGGGAAAACCUUAACACUGCAAACACGUCUCUACUACCUAGGACAACAGCUAAAUAUAUUACAACAACUGGCAGGCCAAUGACGACCGAUCUGCCAACAACCGAACCACCAACUACUCCUGAAGUUACUUCUAACCUCAUCAGAUAUUCAACACAGCCACAAACGACCAUUUUUAAUCAUAAUAAGUUAAAUUCUUUUCCUACCUUUCCAGCAUCAAACGAAACACCAGUAGCAACGAAUACCUUCACCAGUCCAGCACCAACAGAGCCCAGUCGACCUGUCAAAGUUGGAUCAGCUGAGAACGACGCCAAUAUUUCUAACAUCAGCUUGAAAGAAGAGAAAUCUAGUUUGACCAAAUUACAACAGACAUUUAAGCGAACUUACAACAAAUUAAUGAAAAUCAUGUCCUAAAUAAUAUACAAAAACAAAAUAACAUUUGUUUAGCUUAUCGGAAUGUAGUGUAGCCAUCCCCUGAAUUGAAACCUAUUAACAUUUUGUUGAAUAAAGUAAGAAAAAAUUGAUGUUGUUAAAUUUUUUAAUAUUUCUUGAGUACCACAGAUAAAAAGAAUUUUGAUCAAAACAAUAUUCUUUUUCCUUUUAAGUGGGCAUUUUGUGAAAGCACAUAAACAUAAAGAAAGUGUUCGAAUAGAAAACGAAACUUAAAAUACAUUGGAUCGCAUAAUUUGUCUCACUGAAAUCACCUCUGAUCUUAAACAGUUAUUUUUACCUGAUUCCAAUGCUUCUCUUGAGCCAUGGUUCUCAUACGCUUAAGGUUCACAUUUCCACAG